GUAUACAAGGGGCUUGAGCGGCUCGUGGAGAGCGCGGCCGGUUGCGCCAUGAACUUAGGAGAUGGUUUAAAGCUUGAAACUGAAUUAUUGGAUGGAAAAACCAAGCUAAUACUGUCUCCAUAUGAACAUAAAUCAAAAAUUUCUGUAAAGCAGAUGGGAAAUAAGACCAAGAUUGCAAAAUGUCCUUUAAGAAAUAAACAAACUGGAUACAUUCUGAAAUCACAAAAUACUUGUGUCAGGAGUGAAAAACUUUCGCAAAAGAAGAGAAUUGGUUCAGAAACUUCAUUGGCCAAAAGUGAAAAAAAUAGUAUGACUUUUUCACCAACUAAGGAUUUAUGCAAGCAGUAUGCAGAUAAAGACCAUCUUCAUAUCCAGAAAGAAAUUUCACCUGCAACCCCUAAUAUACAGAAGACUAGAAACAGCAUAAAUGCAUUUGUAGUAGCUAAACAAAAGCCUUGCAAAAAGCACAUCACAGCUGAAAAUGUGAAGAGCAGUUUGGUGUGUCUAACACAAGGCCAACUACAACAGAUUUUGAUGACUGUAAACCAAGGAAAUAAAUCAGUUUCCCUGACUGAGAAUGGAAAGAAGGAGGAAACAAGUCAGUAUAGUCUAAAUUUAAACAAUAUUCCUGAUCAGCCAAAGGAUGAGAACAUCAUGGGACUUCUGCAGAAAACUGAGGCCAUUUCAUCUGUUCAGGAUGAAAAAAAGUCUGUUUUAAAUGAAAAUCAGGUGACAUCUAAUCAGUAUGAGCAAAAAAUUGCCACAGAGAAUAUAUGGAAACCAGCUGACAUAUUCAGUACUCUGGGAGAAAGAGAACGUGAUAGAGGUUUGUUGGAAGCAAAAAAAGCCCAGUGGAGGAAAGAGCUUGGUAGGACAUUAUUUACAGAUGAACAGGUUGCUUUAAAGAAGAAAGAAAAAGAAGCGUCUGAAAAAUGGAAUAAUCCAUGGAAAAAAUCUGAAAGUGAUAAAAUAGUGUGGGAAAAACUUCAAAUUCUCGAUCAGGCUAAGGAAGCAGUACUGAUGGAGCGCCCUUUCAGUGCUGUGAAACAAGAACAGCAGAGAAAAUGGAUUGAAGAGUUGAACAAGCAAAUAGAGGAUGACCGGCAAAAAAAAGUAGAGGAAAAAAUUAUAUCUUCAAAGGGUGAGGAGCAUGACAGAUGGGCAAUACAUUUUGAUUCAUUCAAGAGCUGUCCUGGUUCUCAGUCUCAGCUGUCCUCUCGGUCAACACAAACACAACCAGAGUACUUCUGUGUCUCUCCGGACGCUCAGGACCUGGCUGAUAUCAGCAGUCUGUACACACCUGCAACGGGAAGCCAGGUUGAACCUUCAGAGGAGGAGCACGUAGCAAGACCUGUUAGAGACGUGGCUGUGGAAAGCAGUAAGAAAAGGAACUUUCUCCGUUCUAUGACUGCUCUUUUGGACCCAGCUCAAAUUGAGGAACGAGACAGGAGACGACAAAAACAGUUAGAACAUCAGAAAGCCAUCACUGCUCAGGUAGAAGAGAAGCGCAAGAAGAAGCAGCUCGAAGAAGAGCAAAGAAAGAAGGAGGAACAAGAGGAGGAGCGUCGUUUAGCACGGGAACAAGAGGAGAUGCAGAAACAGUAUGAAGAAGAUAUACUUAAGCAAAAACAAAAGGAAGAAAUCAUGACCCUUAAGACAAUUGAACUGUUCCAGACGAUGCAGAGAGCACAGGAGUUGGCACAGAGACUGAAACAAGAACAGAGAAUCCGAGAAUUGGCUCAAAAGGGACAUGACACUUCUAGAUUGAUUAAAAAUCUUGGCAUUGAUACAAUACAAGUGGAAUAUAAUGCAUCUACUGACAACAUUGCAAAUUCAGCACAUGGCUUGGAUAAAAUCAGUGGUAAAAUGAAUGCAUAUAUCAGCUCUACAGCCUCUCUGAGGAAGGACACUGGUGUGCAAACGGAUGACUUAAAUGCUGGAAUAUUUACCAAUAUAGAAUCAUGCUGUGGAUCGGUAAUAGAGAGGGAAAUUAUAAACUGUUCAUCUCCUGAGAUUCCUGCAGAAUUUAAUGAACAGUUUAACACUAGGAAGAACCAGCAAGAACGAGUAAGUCAUGAUAACGGAGCCAACUUAGAAAAAGAAAACAGUUAUAAUGACCAGUGUAAUCAGUUCACAAGAACAGAGAAGCAAACAAAACAUACGAAGAAGUGUCCUAAAAGGCCUGAUUGGAAUACAAACAAACCACCGAGACGGUAUAGUCCAGCAUCAGAAAAGUACCCUAAACAGCUUCAAAAGCUGAGAGAAGAAAAAAGAGUGAGAAGGCAGAUGGAACUGCUUCAUUUGGUAGAAAGAAAUAAUCCUGGACACCUCUCUCAAAAUAGAGUCACUUCACCAGAUGUUCUUCAUUCAUCUCAAGAAACUGAACCAAGUUUCAGGUGGCAGCUAGUCAAAAAGGAAGAAGAACCUCAGAUAAUUAAUUCUUUCAACAAGGAAAGGUCUCAAUCACCACCAGUUCCGGCAGUGAAAACCAGAACGCAGCAAACUCAGACACUAAAAAACAGUACUUAUGAAAGAGAGAAUGUGAUCUCAGGAGAUAGUCAAACAGAAUUAUCACCUGGGUUUUCUGAACCAUUUCAUUUUAUUCCCUAUGUCCGAACCAAUGAGAUCUAUUACCUUGAUCCAGAUGCACCAUUGUCUAGGCCUUUAACCCAGGAUCCUCAGUACCAAAAUCUACAUGACUGUGACCAAGAACAGCUUUUUGACCAUCUCAGGGACCCACUUCUUAAUCCUAACUUGGUGAAAAACAGGGAUCGACAGCAAGCAAUCCUUAAGGGACUGUCAGAACUGAGACAGGGCCUUCUCCAGAAGCAAAGAGAGUUGGAAACUAAUCUCAUGCCUUUAGCUGCAAAUCAAGAAGAGAAUUUUAGUUCUUCGUUUUAAAUGUAGAAAAUCAAAUCCUUUACAUUUUAUUUGUCUUCCAAAUUAUGAAAUGUGAGAUUGGUUGUUGCUUAACUGUAUUUAUCAAAUAGCCUAGAUUUCUUUUUAAAAUGCUUAUUUAAAACUUGUACAUUAUGUAGUAAAGUAUGUGUGUAUAAAAAAACAAUAAAACAAGACACUUGUAAAAAAGUAGUAAAAAAAAAAAAAAAUUUUUUUUUUUCUGCUCAUCACAAUGUGGGUAUUGAGGUAUUGAUCUACUUACUUACCUUAACACAGUCUGGAGUUUACAGUGUUCUUCCACAAUUUUUACAUGUAGCUUAUUAAAAUAUCACUUAGAUAUUUUGCUCUAUAAAAAGAUUUUAAAGAGUAGAACUCAAAGUUCUUUUGAGGUGCCAAAGGAAGGUCUGACAUACUUACUUUUACUAAAGUAGCCCAGAUUCAGUUUAGGCUUACGUGGAAAUUUUUUUAAGUCCUUUUUUUAAUGACUUCUUUUAUUGUAGAAACUACAGUUUUCAAAAACAUUUACAAGUUUGUAUUAGUAAUGGAGAGGCAGUUAUUAGCAAUACAUGUGGAUUUAAAAUUUAUCUUCACCAU